CGAUCAACCAGCUAGUAUAGGCAGACGAGUUUUACGAGCACACGUCUCCCGGUCAGCCAGAUGGUGUGUUCGGGAUGUGGAGGACCCUAACCGAGGCCGCUUCCUGGGUCUCCAUCCUGGAUGAUCCAUCUCCUCCAGCUACCAACAGGCCCAGACUAGUCCAGAUCCAAUUACUUCCCAGUCCAUUGUUGGAAGUACCAUAACCCCCACAAAAAUGAUGAAAGCCGAAGCCGAAUGGCACAAAACGCGCCUCACCCCGGUCCACAUGUUCUCCCAUGGCUCUCCGAUGAUGAUAUACGAAACGACAGAAUCCUCCAACUACUGGCGCAAAUGUGGCGAUGAAGCACGUGCACACAAUGUGAGAGGAAUCGUGAUGCUGAGCUCCCACUGGGCAACACUAGGAGACGGCAUCGAAGUGGCCACGAACCCCGCUCCCCAGAUCAGCCCCGUAGGUAUCGUCCCGAGCAACGACUACAAGGCCUACCAAAUGACAUCUGACUUGGCCACCGCACAACGAUGCAUCGACCUCCUCCAAGCAGAGGGAUUCAAUGUAUCCGGCAACCCCAACUACAACUGGAUAGUAGACGUGUUCACCAUUAUCCAGAAGAUGUUCCCAGAGGGCAAUCCCCCUCCGGUAACAGUGAUAUCCAGUAACGCGCGAUACGAUCCGCACUACCAUCUGAAAAUAGGAAAGACGCUGCGCCAACUCCGAAAGGAGAACUACCUCCUCAUCGGCACAGGAGGAUCAGUCCAUAAUCUCUACCGCAAUCGAUGGGGACCCAUGGUCAAACAUCGCAAUUCCCUAGCCCAGGAGAUUCCCCCGGAGGGAUGGGCACUGGAGUUCAAGCAAUCCCUGGAGGAUGUGAUGACGAAGACAUCGGGAUUGCAGCUGCAGCGGGCGGUAACUAGGCUCAUGAAGCAUCCACAAUUUCGCGACGCGCACGGUACAGAUGAUCAUUUCAUACCGGCGGCUUUUGUGGCGGGGGCGGCGGGGGAUGCAGAGGAUGAGGGCUGUUGCGGGGUCUUGGGCGCGGAGACUUGGGAGUUGUGUAAUAUGGCUAAUUUGCAGUUUACCUUUGGGAGGUGGCCAGAACAAAAGCUUGUGGCUGCUUGAUGCUUAGCUUAAUUAUAGUAUAGUCACUGUAUUAUUAUGAGAUUGUGAUUAGACGCUUGGUCAUCGAAGCUUUGUACAUACUGAACAAUAUGUUCAUUCCUGACCAACCAAUUGUCUUGGUCUACC